GUUCAACGAAGAUUAGAAAAAGAGGAGCGAAAAAGUGCUUAUCAAAACCAGGAAUUAAAUAGCAAACGCCAAAAAUUAAAUCGGGCUUAUCAAAACGGACAACAAUUAACUCAGGCUCAAAAUACUAUCCAGCAGGCUCGAAUUCAUCUAGGGGUGAGCAAUUUAAAUAAUUUGCCAAAUAUGCUGCAAAAUAGGUCAUUAAGGCAAUUGAUUGCUGAUUUUGCCACAGUUAAUACUAAUUGGCAAAUUGAAAAAACCCGAGCGGAUGCAGAAAAAUUACGAGCCGAUAAUUACGAAAAUGGCUUACGAACCGAAUUUAAUAUUACUAAUAACCAAAGGGACAGAUAUCAACAAGAGCGAGACAAUUUACAAAAGAAAUUAGAUACUCACCAACAAUGGUGUCAAAUUAUUAAUUGCCAAGAACCAUGUUGCUUGGGUGAUUAUGAGCGAUUACAAAAGAAAUUAGCCAGACAGGAGAAAGAUAUUUUAGAGAAAAUUAAUGAUUCAUUAGAAUUAGGAAUAGAAGUUGAAGAAUUAACCAUUCAAAAAAUAAUUAGCCGAAUUGAGGAAUUAAUUAGAGGCCCAAAAACAACCAAUCAGCAAUUACAAAAAGAAUUAGACCAGGCCCAAAAAGUUAUUAGAUUAUUACAAAAAGACAAAAAAGACCCUGAUUUUUCGGCUAUCCAACAAAAAGAAUAUCAAAAAAUACUCGUUUGA